AUGACUAACCAAUUACCUGUAGUGCAAUGUGUGGCUAGAGCUCGUAUCCCAACUACCAAGAACGGCCCAGAUAUUUUCUUACAUUUAUAUGCCAACGACAGAGAUAACAAGGAACAUCUUGCUAUUGUCUUUGGUGAAGAUAUCAGGUCGAGAUCGCUUUUCAAACAACGUCCCAACGAUAACCAACAAUCUAGAAUGAUUAGAGGUGCUUAUGUUGGUAAGUUGUAUCCAGGUCGUACCGAGGCUGAUUAUGAUGAUAGAUUGAAUAUGAAGUUGGAGUUUGACCCGGUGACCGGUGACUUACUGGUGGAUCACGACCAUAAGACCGUUUGGGAUCCUGAAAAUAAUACUUUGGUUAGAAUCCAUUCGGAAUGUUAUACUGGUGAAAACGCCUGGUCUGCUCGUUGUGAUUGUGGUGAACAAUUCGAUAGAGCCGGUGAAUUGAUCUCUUCUGAAUUCGACUCCCAAUUCCCCAAAGUCAAAGGUGGUAACGGUCAUGGUGUGAUUGUUUACCUAAGACAAGAGGGUCGUGGGAUCGGUCUAGGUGAGAAGUUGAAGGCUUAUAAUUUACAAGAUUUAGGUGCUGACACUGUCCAGGCCAAUCUUUUAUUGAAACAUCCAGCCGACGGUAGAGAUUUCUCUAUUGGGAAAUCCAUACUGAUUGAUUUGGGGAUCCAAAACAUCAGAUUGUUGACCAAUAACCCAGACAAGAUCUCUACGGUGACUUACCCACCUUAUUUGAAUUGUAUAGAAAGAGUUCCAAUGAUUCCAAUCAAUUGGACUGAUGAAUCCAAGGGGAUCCAUUCUAAAGAAAUCGAUGGGUAUCUAAGGACAAAGGUGGAAAGAAUGGGUCAUUUGCUAUCGCAACCUUUAAAACUACAUUCAGAAACUUCUACACUACAUGCUCAUGCUCAUGCUCAUGACCAAACAACUUUGCCUUUAGUCCAAUAA